AUGUCAUUGGAGGAUAUCAAAUCGAAAAUUCGACGCUAUCCAAGGCUUCUGGGUGGAGUUGGCAUUUUGACCACUGCCGGCAUUAUCCUUUACGAACUACCGCAGAUCAAAAAAUUCUUUGCCCAUUAUGUUGAGAAGAAGUCACCCGAAGCGGACAAACGUCGCACCGAAUAUAUCUACAUUAAAUAUCACAUCUACCGCGAGUCUAUGCGAAAGCUCAAACAAAAGCAAGAGGACGAAAAGAAAUGGAUAAAUGUCAUAAUCAAUCCCAUUGGGAAAUGGUGGAAGGCAGCUAAGCACUCAGUGGCAUGGCGCCUUUUGAAUAUUGCACAGAAUGGCAGUCAACCUGAGAGGCUAAAAGCAGUACAGCAACUCGUCUGCAUGGAUCAUUUAAAGGACUGGGACUUUCGCCACCUGGCUCAGAUUUGCGAUGCAAGAACUGCCGUCUCUUUAGCGCGAUGUGGGGCCGAUGUGCGUUGGUUUAUGCCCAUCCAUAUGCGGGGCUGUAUCAAGAACCCUAAGAUGUUACUAUCCGAUCUACAUGUUAUGCUGGCGCGCCUUCGUCCCAUGCCGUGCGUAGAUCACUUCUUUAGUAAAUACUUUCCGGAACAAGAUUCCAUUGAAGACAUACACGAGUUCUUUACACACGAGCAAACCAUUUCGCUCUCAACACAAGAUACAGACUUGUUGAAGGAAAUUAUAUCGUUUCUCCAUCAUAUUACCAAAGACCCAAAAGUGUCGGCCCAUAUUAUACGCGAUGGUGGGCUCAUACAUUUGAUGGAGCUUCGUAAAAUAUUCGCUGACGAUAAUGAAACCUUGUCCACACUGUGCAAAGUUUUAGCCAAUAUGUCUGUGGUACCGGAUGCUGUCGAACACUUUUUUGUUUCGGGCUGGGUGGGUGCUUUGGCUGAAUGGCAGCAAUGUCCUGAUUUGCGUUUGCAAGUGGUCUCAGCUAAGGCGAUGGCAAAUCUGGAUCACGACGAUCCGAAUCAGAGUAUCUACCCGCCAAACGUAUUUCCACUGCAUCCCCGAAUUCGUACACGUAGGAAGCCCAAAGCUGAUAUUGUAUUUGUACAUGGUUUGCUGGGCGGUGUGUUCAUAACGUGGCGCCAAAGAGAUCGCAAACGUAGCACAGAACUGGGUCUCUAUGGCAAAAACGCAUUCUACACCAGUGAAGCAGACGAUGUAUUUCUGGUGGGUGAACAGAAGCGUUCCAAUGGCAAGCAACAGGCUAAGCAAUCAGGCGAUUCAGUUGACGAGCGGACAAAGAUUAACGCUAACAAUAACAAGGCGGAGACAAUAAAUGACCCCAUAUUAAUGACCAGUAAAAAGGUUGAAAAACCGCAGCUUAACAUUAGUGAUGCGGCCACUAAAGAGUUUGUGGAGACCUUGCGCAAUGAAGCGGAACUGGACUCGGACUGGGAGGUUGUCCACCCGGAUGUGCCAUUAAAUGCCAACGACGAAUGCUGUGGUAUGUUUAGCGUGCCUGGCAACGAAUGGUGCAAUCAGGACGGCAGUCAGGAAUACACAAAUUGUUGGCCCAUGGAAUGGUUGCCUGAUGAUUAUCCAGACUCAAGAAUAAUUGGCAUUGACUACACUUCAGCCGUUACCGAGUGGUCGGCAAAUUUUACCAAAUACUGCCCCUGUGAAAAGGGCCAGGGCCAUAUCGAUGUGCGGGCGGGCACAUUGCUGGAGCGAAUCGCAGCCGCAGAUGUCGGAAAUAACCGCUCAGUUGUUUGGAUUGGACAUUCCAUGGGCGGGCUACUCACAAAAUUGAUCUUGCUGAAAUCUCUGGAUGAUCCAGACCCCAAAGUGCAACAAAUUGCAAAGAACACGACCGGAAUUGUGUUUCUGGGCACUCCACAUCGCGGCUCUCCGAUUGCAAAGUGGAAACAGCAUAUGCAAAUGAUCCUUUCACCCUCCAUUGAGGUCAAAGAAAUGGAGGAGAACUCACCAAAGCUGCUGGAGAUGCACAGACGAUUCAUGGGUUGCCUGCACACAUGUUUGCGGCACGUGAAGGUGUGCAGCAUUGCCGAGGGAUCGCCCACCAUGCUGACCACGUUCAAGUUUCCACUGCGCAUUGUUACCGAGGAGUCGUCACGGAUUGACUUUGGAGAUUUCUAUUUGCUUAAAGAUGAUCAUCUUAGCUUGUCGAAGCCCAUUUUUCGGCAAUCGUUUCUCUACCAGCGCCUUCUGCACGUUAUCCAGGAGGCGGUGAAGGACCGCGACCAACCCAAAGAUCAGGACGAACUUUCUAAUGCGCAACCAGAUAUUUUGCUGAUCAACAUUAUCGCUGCCGUCAUCAAAAGCACCAAAGGUCUGUUCGAAUACUUGCCUCGCGUGGCUGUGCGCUUUACAACUUAACAGGGCAGAGAAAGGGAUACGGCAGAAGUAAACGUGCCUUUAUCUUAAUGACUUUGCAUUCGAAAAGAAUCCUCUAGUUUUUAAGUGAAUUAAUUCGAAAGUCUUUUUGUAGGGCCGAAUAAGUACUUAAAACUAAUGAUUGUAUAUAAAAGAGUGCAGUAUUCAUAUUCAUGCAUGAAUCUAAUUUAUUUGCAUAAACUUAAGCCUUAUUAUUAAUAAACUUUUCAAUAUUUCUACAAA